CAAAAACGAGUGACUUCUUCGCCGACAUCGAGUGAGUGAACGUGUCGAGAUGGGAGCCUUUUUACAUUUAUUAACGUGUUACAUUUUAUUCGUAAAUUUUAAUGAUGCGGCCAGGAUAUUGGCAGUGUUCCCGACUCCUUCUAUCAGCCAUCAAGUAGUGUUUCGACCGGUGACACAAGAGCUAGCUAGGAGAGGACACGAUGUCACCGUCAUCACCACAGAUCCCGCCUUCCCGAAAGGAGGAGCCCCUGCUAACUUGACAGAAAUCGACGUCCAUGAUAUAUCCUACGGCAUAUGGAAAGAGCUAUUUAUGACAGCCCCUAAGGGUGGCAAGGACGAUUUAGUGAAUCAUAUGAAAAUAUUUUUGAAUAUUUUCAUAGAGGUAUUCGAAGCUCAGACGAAAACUGAAAACGUUCAACGUCUGAUUAAAAACCGAGAUCAAAAGUUUGAUUUGAUAAUUGUUGAAGCCUGUUAUAGACUCGGACUAGGUUUUCGCCAUAUCUAUGAAGCACCCGUAGUUUUUAUGAGUUCGUUUGGAGGUGUAUUUGACAACUUUGAAGUAGUUGGUGCUCCCACGCAUCCAUCACUAUAUCCAACUAUUGUUCGUCAAAGAUUGAACAAUCUGACGAUGUGGGAGAAGUUCACAGAGCUAUAUAACCACUACAGGUUCAUUUACAUGUUCUCUGAACAAGAAGCUGCUGAAAAUAAUGUACUGAAGAAAGUGUUUGGACCAGACACGCCGACGAUGUCCGAACUUUACAAUCACGUUGAAAUGCUGUUCUUGAAUGAGAAUCCAGUUUUUGUUGGCAGUCGACCUGUUCCACCGACUGUCGUGUAUAUGGGAGGCUUACAUCAAAAUCCGCAGAAAGAAUUGCCAAAGGAUUUGAAAUCAUACUUAGACUCCUCUAAAAAUGGCGUGAUUUACAUCAGUUUUGGUACAAACGUCGAUCCUACUCUACUGCCCGCUGACAGAAUCCAAGUGCUAGUGAAAGCAUUCUCUCAGUUACCUUACGAUGUGUUAUGGAAGUGGAACGGAGACGAGCUGCCUGGACGUACUGCGAACAUCAGAAUCUCAAAGUGGUUGCCGCAGUCAGAUCUGCUGAGACAUCCCAAAGUCAAGCUGUUCGUGACACAAGGAGGUCUGCAAUCAACAGAUGAAGCAAUAACAGCUGGCGUCCCAUUGAUAGGAAUCCCAAUGUUGGGGGACCAGUGGUACAAUGUAGAGAAAUAUGAAACUCAUAAAAUUGGAGUGCGAUUGGACUUAGAUGCCAUUACAGAGGAAAAUUUCAAGGAAGCUAUAAACAGAGUCAUUGGAGAUGACAGCUACCGCAAGAAUAUCAUCAAACUCCGUACCCUGAUGCGUGACCAACCGAUGUCUCCGCUUGACCGGACUAUGUGGUCAUUGGAGCAUGUGUUACGUCACGGCGGCGCGAAGCACCUGCGCUCGCCCGCCGCCAACAUCUCGUGGGCGGAGUACCUAGAACUGAAACUGGUGCUCACCAUACUGGCAGCACUGUUGACAGCAAUUUCUUUAGUUCUCUCAGCCAUAUAUUUGUUAUACAAAUAUUUUGUUAGAAACUAUGUGGCUGUGGUGAAAAUUAAAAGUUCAUGAUAUUUCCAUGAGAAUAUUGAUUGAUAGUUGACAUUGUAUGUAUCGCUCAUGGCCAUUGGUUGCCCUUUUGUGAUAAUGUUAAUUGUAGUUGAAUUUGUCGCACCGAAAUUUGUUCACGGCAACCAAUACUUUAAGCUUUUAAAGUGUACAUUUUAAAACCUGAUACAGUUGCUAUAGUUUUUGAAGUGGUUCCUGAACGUCCACUUGUCAUAAAAAGCGUUAUUUGUCGAUUGUUUACACGAUAAGUGCUGUAAUUUAUUAAACUUUAUUGGUCAACUAAUCAACAGCUGUGCAUCUGUGACCAGCCUUGGAGGCCUUUGAUAAAACGUGAUUGAUCAGUGGUUGCCAUGAGCACCUAGUUCCGUCAAAUGCUUUUAAUUUUAAAUAGUUUCAAUAUAGUGAAUCGUUGUUACGUACUGUGGACGUACAUUCUGUGAUAUGACUUUGUAAAUGUUUUUAUUUUAUAAAUAUUUAUAACAUUAUUAUGUUUUACUAGUUCUCUUUUUUUCUUUGUAGAUGUUUUUCAACGUAAAAAUCCAUUUACAUUAAUUAAUAAAGUGUUAUUAAGAAUCAA